UCGUUCACCCUCCUCUUUCUCAUAUCAAAUUAUUCAGAAAAUUUUUAUCUUCAGAGCAUGGAUAGACGGGCAAGUGCUCAGGAUGGCAACGUAGUCACGAUGAAACGAUUCUCGGACUACUCAAAAUGGAUCAUGAUGAUGCUUAAUGGAAUAGUGGCGGCAUACUAUCCUGUCCGUGGAGACAUAACCGAACAUGCUAUUAGCUCCUACUUCUUGGUCUGUCGUAUACUUAUAUGCUCAACGUUCUUAGCUGAUCUCUCACUGAUGCUGCUGACUUCAUAUUUGCUACGGUUUGGACGAAUCAGUGAACGCCUUUACAUCGCCGCCAAGAUCCUAAUUAAUACCACCGGUGUUCUUAUGAUGCUAACUUCCGCCAGCCUUCUGCUUCUGCUGAAUCCAAGCUACGCCAUGGUCACAAUCCUUGUGCUUCCAGUCAUGGCGAUUGUCAUCAUCGUCUUUUACAAUGAAAUUAACACGGGCCAAGCCCGCGAGGUUCCUGAUUAUGAUGAAGAUCAACGAUCGGAGCUGAAGCAAUUCUUUGAUCUCUCCGCUUCAGUUACCAGUGCCGCUUUCGGAGGAAUGAUAGCUACUAUCUUCGGUUACUUCAAAAAUUUCCCUAAAGAUGUCGAUCAGGUUGAUGUUAAGUUCUCUGAGGCCUUCAUCUUCUUCACUGUCAUCUCCGGUCUGCUCGCCAUGCUGCUUACCACAUUACCACCUUCACUUCCUUAUCCCAAUGCUACAUCGCGCUACAUCACCUUCAUCAAAGUCCUCAAAUAUUCCUUGUUUGGUUUGCUAGUACUGAUAGUGCUAGCAGUUGCUGCUGAAUUUUUGGGCCAAGUCAUUUUUCUGGCUUUCUUACCGAUAUUCUUUGCAGUUGUGGUUUGGUUCAGAAAGGAAUUCAUCUUGCUGGGAGAUGGAACGAGUCACUUUCACAGUGCCACAGGUCAUGAAAGCGAGCCUGACACCUCCUUGAUCACCAUUACCACUUUCAUUUUUGCAGCAUUGAUGGCGGUUUACUCGGUGAACUUUGGCAGUGAAAGCGACGACCUCUACGUCAAGACCUGCAUGUUCUUCCUGUCCUUGGCUUUCAUGUCCAGCCUGAGUUGGAUGGCAUAUAGAUCUCCAAGAACACCAAGCCUGGCAAAGGCUGUGACGGUACUUACUUAUUCUACCAUUGUUUGGUCGGUAUUUGCUAUGCUGGGUCUCAUCUUCUUGGCAAUUCGAUCAGGCGACGGCAAGAGAGAAUAACUAACAUAUAAAUCUGAAAAAACAAUACAAGAAGUAGAGAAAGGAGGAAUGAGAUGGUCACGUACCAUAAUUCCACUGUGUGUAUAUGUGUGUGGUUUCAAUAAUUUUACUGCCCAACUUUUAUAUAUAUUGAGGUUGCUAGAAAAUCAACAUGGCUUGUGAACUCCAGCAGUUA